AUGUAUGAGAGUUCCCCGGACGACUGCGGCAGCCCUCGGGGGGAUCGCGGCGAGGGCAAGGCCAACUCACCUGUACCUGUGCGGCGGCAGGUGGCGCCGCGCUCCGGGCCGACCCGCGGCUCCACCGUGGUGACGCUGUGCGGCAGCGUGUUCGGCUUCGACAAGACGGAGCGCUUCCGGAGCUCGGCGGUGACGGUGGAGGUGGGGGGGCUGCCCUGCAGGCUGAGCCGGCAGGACCACGUCAACAGGUGGACUGAGAUGCAGUGCUCUCCAGUGUUCAGUGGGAACUUCACUCCGUCGGGUCACACUGUGAAGGUCACGAGCAGCGGCAAGGUCGCCACGAUGGAGGGCUUCACCUUCGUGGACCCGGUGAUCCACGACAUCUUCCCGACAUUCGGGCCGAAGUCCGGGAACACGGUGCUGACCGUCAACGGCGCCUUCCUGGACGCCGGGAACAAGAGGGAGGUGACCAUCGGGAACGUCGCCUGCAAGGUCCAGAGCCUGUCGGCCACCAUGCUGACCUGUAAGACCCCCCCCCACUCCGUCCCCUCCCAGCAGCCCGUGAAGCUCACGGUGGACUCGGUGGAGCGCCUGGCGCCCACGGCGUUCACCUACAACCAGGACCCCAUCAUCAACGGCAUCCAGCCCUCGCGCUCCUUCAUCAGCGGAGGGUGCACGGUGUCGGCUCACGGCUUCUUCCUCCAGUCCGGCCUGCCGCCCCAGAUGGUCCUCACCACGGGUCAGGACCACCAGGUCUUCCACGUGAGCUGCGUGUACGGGGUGAACCGGACCUCCAUCCAGUGCACCACGCCCUCCCUGGCCCGGCUGGCCCUGCCCCCCCCCGUGUUCACCAAGGUGGCCUUCGUGCUGGACGGGUUCUCCACGGACCAGUGGGACCUGGUCUACGUGGAGGACCCCCAGUUCCAGGACCCCAAGCUCACCUCCAAGGACAACAAGAGCAUCGUGGAGCUCAAGGGUCAGCACAUGGACCGCGAGGCCAUGAAGUGCCAGGUGCUCACGGUGUCCAACCACAGCUGUGCGCCGCUCACCCUGCUGGGCAACACGCUGCGCUGCACCGUGCCGACCGCGCUGCAGGCCGCCGCCACGGAGCUGCAGCUGCAGUGGCGCCAGGCGGACUCCAUCCGCCAGCUGGGCUCGGUGACCUUGGCCCGCGAGCCGGACUACACGGGCCUGCUGGUCGGCUGCGUGAGCGUCAGCCUGCUGCUGCUGCUGCUGCUGCUCGCCACGCUGCUGCUGUGGAGGCGGAGCAAGCACAUCGACGACCUGUCUGAGGUGUGGUAUGACGGCCGUGGUCACAUCCAGCAUCUGGACCGGCUGGCGAGCGCCCGCAGCGUCAGCCCCGCCACCGAGAUGGUGUCCCACGAGUCGGUGGACUACAGGACCACGCUGAUGGAGGACCAGGGCACCGACCGGCCGUGCCGGGGGGCUCCUCCCAUCUACGGGGGCAACGGCGAGCUGCUGUCCCCCCGCCUGAGGAGGCUGGGGGGCGGGCUCAGUCUGGGUCCGGAGGGCGAGCUGGCGUCCCCCCUGCUGGUCCACAUCGACCCGGCCUGCCUCCACCCGGACCUGCUGACGGAGGUGCAGCACGUGGUCAUCGCCCGCGAGCAGCUGCUGCUCCACCUCAACCAGGUCAUCGGCAGAGGUCACUUCGGCUGCGUGUUCCACGGCACGCUGCUGGAGGCCGGCGGCGAGAAGCAGCACUGUGCCGUCAAGUCCCUGAACCGCAUCACGGACCUGGAGGAGGUGUCCCAGUUCCUGAAGGAGGGCAUCAUCAUGAAGGACUUCAGCCACCCCAACGUGCUCUCCCUGCUGGGCAUCUGCCUGCCGCCGGAGGGCUCGCCGCUGGUGGUCCUGCCCUACAUGAAGCACGGAGACCUGCGCAACUUCAUCCGCGACGAAGGACACAACCCCACCGUGAAGGACCUGAUGGGCUUCGGGCUGCAGGUGGCCAGAGGGAUGGAGUACCUGGCCAGCAAGAAGUUUGUCCACCGAGACCUCGCCGCCAGGAACUGCAUGCUGGACGAGAGCUACACGGUGAAGGUGGCGGACUUCGGCCUCGCUCGAGACGUCUACGAUAAAGAAUACUACAGCGUCCACAACAAGAGCGGAGUCAAGCUGCCCGUCAAGUGGAUGGCGCUGGAGAGUCUGCAGACCCACAAGUUCACCCCCAAGUCAGACGUGUGGUCCUUCGGCGUGUUGCUAUGGGAACUGAUGACCCGUGGAGCUCCGCCCUACUCGGACGUGAACUCCUUCGACAUCACCGUGUUCCUGCUGCAGGGGAGGAGACUGCUGCAGCCCGAGUUCUGCCCCGACGCCCUCUACACCGUGAUGAUCGAGUGCUGGCACCCGAAGCCGGAGCGCCGGCCCUCCUUCUCCGAGCUGGUGGCGCGCAUCUCCUCCAUCUUCUCCAGCUUCAGCGGGGAGCACUACGUCCUGCUCAACACCACCUACGUCAACAUCGAGAAGAUGAGCCCCUACCCCUCCCUCCUCGCCUCCAACAACAACAACAACAACAACAACAGCUACCGCAACGCCUCCUCCGCCCCCUCCACCUCCACCUCACCGCCCAGCCACACCGCCUUCUCUUUCAACGCGGAGCGGGACUGCUGCACCUGAGGGGGGGGUGGAGAGCUGCUGUACGUACUUAUGCCGAAACACUGGAGCCCGUAUGCUGAGGGGAAACACGCCUGACCUUUGACCUGCUCGGUGGAACCGACUCGGCCCCGCCGCAAACAAUGGGCCGACCUUAGGACCUUUUCAACCUUUCCUUGACCCCCCCUCCCCGGGGGAGCGGGAGGUCAGGCGUUCUGCGGCGAUUACGCAACGCUGGGUUCUUGCCCGGCAACAGGUGACAGGUGGUGUAGGUGGUGUAGGUGUUGUAGGUGACAGGUGGUGUAGGUGGUGUAGGUGACAGGUGGUGUAGGUGGUGUAGGUGACAGGUGGUGUAGGUGUGAGGAACCCCCUGCGGCCGUGUGACGUUCACUGGAUGCUUGUUUUGUGUCAUUUUAAUAUUUACUUUGUUUGACGCUUGUGGGGCAAAAAAAAACACAUCUGGAAACAUCUUUUGUUUUUAUUUUGUACAUUUUGUUUUAAAAAAUCUGAAAUCAGACACGUGUGUGUGUGUGUGUGUGUAUGUGUGUGUAUGUGUGUGUCUAUGUUUAUGUGUGUGUGUGUGUGUGUGUCUGUGUCUGUGUGUAUGUGUGUCUGUGUGUGUGUGUAUGUGUGUGUGUGUCUGUGUGUGUCUAUGUUUAUGUGUGUGUGUGUGUGUGUCUAUGUUUAUGUGUGUGUGUGUGUGUGUGUCUAUGUUUAUGUGUGUGUGUGUGUCUGUGUCUGUGUGUGUGUGUGUCUGUGUGUGUGUGUCUGUGUGUGUCUAUGUUUAUGUGUGUGUGUGUGUCUGUGUGUGUGUCUGUGUGUGUGUGUGUGUGUGUGUUAAGCUUCAUUUCAGUUGCACUUUUGCUGACCGUAUUUUUAUUUUUUUACUUUUCCUGUACAGUUUUUAUUAUUUUUAUUUUUGUUUCCAGGCAGACGAAAACUUUCCGUUCAUUUCUGUGCGAUAUGAAAAUCUUCAUCGCAGUCUUCAUCACGGCGGCAGGUCAAUAUUAUGGAAACAUUAAAAAACAAAGACACAAAAUUACAUUUAAAUAAAUAAUGAAUAAACGAUGUUGUAAUUUUUCGCCUCACAACUUUAAACAAAUAUUCAACUUCCCUCUGAUUAGCUAUAAAACUGAUUUGUUUUAAUAACGUAGGAAUGUGCGUUGAUGAGCGUUUGUAUAUAUUCUGUAUAAACUGUAUAAAGAGUCGUAAUCUACCCGCUGUGCUCGAUCUGCGUCUCACGGAACUUCAGAUAUCAGCUGAUUAAUGUCGUGAUGUUCCCGUAGUGACCAUAAUAAUUAAUAGUGCACGAGAUGACAUCAUCAAGCCCGUAAUCGCCAUCGAACUCGUAUUUUGUGUGUAAUUAUUUUGGCAAAAAAAAAGACAAAACGGCUUAAUUAACAAAGUCGAAGACGAGUUUAAAUAUCAUUUUAUAUAUGAUUUAAUUUUUUUUAUUUUUUGUUGUGCAUUUAGCAAAAUCUGAAAACGCAAUGCAACUUGCUGGCUGACUUCCUGGUGACGUCACCUGAGGCUUUUAUUCUGAUUUUCUUUGUUAUUUCUGGCCCAAAAGUAUAAAAUAAUUUUUUUUAAAUUAAGUUACGUUGCAACAAACAAACAAGUUUCAAGAAAUUUUCGUCUUCAACGUAAAUGAAUGUAAAGUUACGGCUGGUUUGAAUCCUGAUGUUCCAAAUGUUUAAAAACCUUCAUGUGUUCAUGUUUGUGAUCUGAGUGGCUGAUGUGUGACCGGCAUGAAUGUUUACAUUGCUGGACUAUAUAUAUAUAUUUAUAGAUAUAUUUAUAUAUAUUGAUAUAUUUAUAUAUAUAAAUAUAUUUAUAGAUAUAUAUAUUUAUAGAUAUAUUUAUAUAUAUUGAUAUAUUUAUAGAUAUAUUUAUAUAUAUAUAUAUAUAUAUAUAUAUUUAUAUAUACAGGACUGUCUCAGAAAAUUAGAAUAUUGUGAUAAAGUUCUUUAUUUUCUGUAAUGCAAUUAAAAAAACAUAAAUGUCAUGCAUUCUGGAUUCAUUACAAAUCAACUGAAAUAUUGCAAGCCUUUUAUUCUUUUAAUAUUGCUGAUUAUGGCUUACAGCUUAAGAAAACUCUAAAAUCCUAUCUCAUAAAAUUUGAAUAUUUCCUCAGACCAAGUAAAAAAAAAGAUUUAUAACAGCAAAACAAAAUCAAACAUUUGAAAAUAUGUUUCCAGGUGUUUCGAGUUAAUUAGACGAUUCAAGUGAUUUGUUUAAUACCCUACUAGUAUACUUUUUCAUGAUAUUCUAAUAUUUAGAGAUAGGAUAUUUGAGUUUUCUUAAGCUGUAAGCCAUAAUCAGCAAUAUUAAAAGAAUAAAAGGCUUGCAAUAUUUCAGUUGAUUUGUAAUGAAUCCAGAAUGCAUGACAUUUUUGUUUUUUUAAUUGCAUUACAGAAAAUAAAGAACUUCAUCACAAUAUUCUAAUUUUCUGAGACAGUCCUGUAUGUGUGUGUGUUUGUGUGCGUGUGCGUGUGUGUUUGUGUGUGUGUGUGUGUGUGUGUGCGUUUGUGUGUGUGUGUGUGUGUGCGUUGUACAUUGUAAGAAACCCUGAAGGUACAUGUUCCUGUAAUGUUUGUGUAAUAAAGCUUCAUGAUGUCAGA